UCGGCAACCCCCGAACUAGGACGACGACGACCGCCGCCGCCGCCGCGUCGCGCUCCUACCGUCGUGUGCUCGCUACUAUUACUAUUAUCAUUAUUAUUAUUAUUAUUACUACCGCCGUUGCAGUUAUAAUAUUAUUACGGUUUAUUUAUUUCAAAAUAUAUCGCUCGAGAGUUCGACCACCAAACACGCGUAGUCCGAUAACGUGUUGUGUUUGAGUUGAUGCGACACGUCGGAUGACAUACGUAUACGGUACAAGUGCGCCGACUGAUGCUGAGAGGGGACGGCGAACCGUCGGCCGUAUAGUGCACGUACUGUACAGUCACACCUAAUAGUGUACAGUACUACAGCGGAUCGUGUGAUAAUUUGUCGUUUGCACGAGCGCACGCCAUCUCGUCAUUCGGCGUCGGGGCGACGGAGGAAACAUAAAUAAUAUUAUAACAACAAUAAUUAUACAUCGCCGUCGUCGCCGUGGUAAUAUCGUACGCGGCCGCCGGCGUUCGAUCCGCGCGCGCCCAGUCCGCGCGCCCGUCCUCGUCGCGCAGUCACAUCCGUCACCGGCGCGUGCACCGUACUCGUCGCGCGUCCGUCCGUCCAUCGUCUCGCCGCGCGCCGACCAUAGCUAUUGCGUUCGGGGUUAUGGACGUGGCGGCGUUGGCCGCGGCGACCGAGACGACGACUGAUACGACCGAUUCCGCGGCCACCGCGGCAGCUGCUGCUACGGCGGACGUCGGCAUCACGACGAGACCGACGACGAAGGUGACGUUGACGGCGGCAGCGGCGACGACGACGACGAAUACGACGAAUACGACGACGACGACGACGACGAUAGCGGACACGGAGAACAUCUGUGAUUAUAGCGAUACGGCCGCGGUGCGCCCGCCCAAGGUUCGCGUCCGAUCGUCGUCUUAAGAGGACGCGAGUGGGGCCGCAGAGCCCGAGACGUGUGAUCGCAGGCCCAGCACGUAUAAUAGCCUGCUGCAGUAGCCGUGACACGACGCCGUAAUGCCGGAACAGAGCAACGAUUACCGAGUGGUGGUUUUCGGGGCGGGCGGCGUGGGAAAAAGCUCGCUGGUGCUCCGGUUUGUCAAGGGCACGUUCCGCGAAUCGUACAUACCGACCAUCGAGGACACAUACCGACAGGUGAUCAGCUGCAACAAGAACAUUUGCACGCUACAGAUCACCGACACGACGGGGUCGCAUCAGUUCCCCGCCAUGCAGCGGUUGUCCAUGUCCAAGGGCCACGCGUUCAUAUUGGUGUACUCGUGCACGUCCAGGCAGUCGCUCGAGGAACUCCGGCCGAUAUGGCAGGUAAUCAAAGAGACGAAAGGUGCAUCGGAGCUACCAUCAAUACCAAUUAUGUUGGUUGGCAAUAAAUGUGAUGAGAAUGACACUCGAGAGGUUUCAGCUGAAGAAGGUGACGCUGAGGCUAGACGGUGGGGCUGUCAUUUCAUGGAGACAUCAGCCAAGACCAACCAUAAUGUCAAGGAGCUGUUUCAGGAGCUUCUCAAUCUGGAGAAGAAUAGAAACAUAUCUCUACAGCCUGAAAAAAAGUCCAUGCGUGGCCGUAAGAUACGGGAGAAGUGUGCGCUCAUGUAGUAGUAUAUUAUUUACUACCAAGACACGCUCAUCGGACAUGGGGAUAUAGUUUUACAUAUGUGUUGUUUAUAUUUUAUAAAAUAACUUUCAUUUUGUUAAGUCACAGUUAAUUGAGAAUUAAUAUAAAAUGUCACAGUAAAAAUUAAAUUAAAAUUUUUUAUUAGCGAGACUGAUAAGCGGCUGACAACACCAAUUUAUUUAGAUAAGUACUUUAGAGCGAUGUUACAACACAAUAACGCCAUGGACUUUAUUGGGGGUGCAAAUAUAAAUGAAUUUCUGUUGUGUAUGUCAUAGACAUUAUAGCUAGCAAAGAUAUAGCACUUAGUAUUUAUUUUGUAUAUAUUAUCCAUAAUAAUUACUAUAUCAGUCUGACAGGGAAUAUGAGUAUGGUGAAUACUUUUGUGAAAUCAAUUUUCACUGUACUAUAAAUUAAAUUUGAGUAAUUAUGUAUGCAGUUUAUAUGUUUGAUUUAUGUAGUUAUUACCCGAGAGAAACAGAAUCCAACCCUAGAUUUUUAAUUUUUAAUGUACAUCAUUUAUAUGUAAUGUUCAGCGUACAGAAUAUAAACUUUAUUUCUUUUUUUUUUCAUAAUUAAAUAUUAAUUAUUGUAACGAGUGUUAUAUACAGUUGUAGUGUAACAAAUUUUCCUGUAUAUAAUGCUCAUAAAGUACCAUAAAAAUAUUAACUAUUUUUAUUUUUUAAUAUUUCUAGACGAGUAAUAAUGCUUUUCUUUAUAAAGAUGAGAAUUAUAUAUUGUAUGUUGCACCUUGUACAUAAUAUUUUAAUAAA